UGUUUUCGUUGUGAUUACGCCCGCCUAAAUAGUGAAUGUCCAAUUGGAAAUAUUAUUGGUUAUUCGUUAAUUUAUUUUAUUAACGAAAAACGAACGAAGAUCGUCACUUGUCGCUGUACGCUGAACUUUGUGAUUUUGUUCCUGAGAUUUUGUACUGCUGUAGCGGUAAUUCGGUUUUCAUUAAGUAACAUUAAGUAAUUCGUUCGAAACAUAAUUAAUGAAUUAUUGAUUUCAACUGUCUGGAAGAUUUUUCUUUGAAUUAAAUCGUUAACAAUCGUAAUUAAAAACGAUUGUCGAUAACAAAUUAUUCGUCCUAUUUCAUGUUCCACAGUCAAGAGUCAUGGACCGUCCGAUUUUGGUGAAUGAAUUUGAAGACAUGGGAAUGACCAUCCCGGAUGACAUCAUUGACGAAUGUGUCAUUAUAUGUCAUGCACAUAAAAUAUCUGCAUCAGACUUAGUUGGAUCUUGGAUAGCAUAUUGUGCAUCGUCUCAAAUCGAUUCAAAUGAUUUAAGUAAAGAUAGGCUUGCUACAUUAGUUAAAUCUUUCAAGGUUGAUGACAAAUUAAAAGCCAGUGACAAGAAAUUGAUUGUAAAUAAAUCCAGUUUAAAUGAAACAGCUCCUACACAAUCAGUUUAUAGUCCACCAUCAAUGAGAAAUACACAGGCAACUAAUAUUAUACAAAUCGAAAAUGAAUUCAAAGUAUCGGACUUUAUUGAUGAAGAUAAUAUAAAAGAAGAAAAUGAGAUUUCUACUACUGGAGAUGUCACGUGCAAUUUUGGACUGGGAAAUGUUAACAAAAAUGAUUCGUCAGCUAAAGUGGAAAUAGCGUGCUUAAUGAAGCACGAUUUAUGGGACAACUUCAUAUUUGGUCAUGUUAAUUAUCAAAAAUUUGACGACCAUGUCCAGGAGUUAGUGAACGAUAUCAUCCAGAAGAAUGACCUAAAACCUGUAACAUCAUUGUCUGGACUUUACUGUGGAAACAACACAGAAAUAACGAUUUCUGGCAGUUUGCGGUUAAUAAAAAAAGAAUUAUUUCUUGAUUCCUUGCAUGGUUUUAUAAAACUCGAUUUGUCCGAAGCCGAACAACCUAUAAAGUCAUUGUUUGUGAAUCAGAUUUUAGUUGUUACCGGGUCCAAUCCGGAUACUAAAGUUUUCAAAGUCAAACAAUUUUAUGCUGACGCUUCACUGCCGCUGUCAAAUAAAUUACCGAGCUUUUCAAUAGGUAACUUAAACUUAAUGGUUGCCGCGGGACCGUUUUUUAGCGAGUUGUCUCCACAUGGAAAGUUAUUGAAAUCUCUGGUACAAAAAACAAUCGAGUUGGAAGCACAGGUGCUGAUAUUGUUUGGUCCAAUUUUUGAUGCAGAUUUCGGUACGCAGUUGAACAAAAGAACAUCGGAAGAUGUUCAAAAAUGCUAUGACGAAGUGUUAGAAGCUACACUGAAACCGUUGUUUAGCAACCCGGCAACUCAAAACAUAAAAUUGUUGGUAUUUAGUUCUUGGAAAGAUUCCGAAAAUUAUGCUUUCUACCCAACUCCUCCAAAUUCUGAGUCGAGCUUGCCAACUUUGUAUCCCAACAACGCUUACAUGGUGUCUGAUCCAAGUGUGUUUUCUGUCAAUGACAUAAUAAUUGCUGGUAACGCGAGUGAUUCUCUUAUGGGUCUACACGUUUCAGCAAUUAAUCAAACUCGAGAAGAAAUGUUUACUAAACUAGCCAAACAAAUUAUAUGGCAACGAUGUUUGCACCCUUCGUAUGUUGCUAACCCUAACGUCCCCGUGGACCACCUACUGUGGUUAGAACAUAGUACAUUUCAGCAAAAUACUCCACACAUUAUACUGACAUCUUCGCAACUCCGUACAUUUAUAAGAGUGAUUGAGGGUUGUAUGGUUAUCAACGUUGGACAGUUAGUCAAACAUAACUCCCAAAAACAAGCAGUAGCAGGAACGUAUGGUCAAAUUCAAAUAGCACCUCCUAAAAAUGGUAGUUGGUCAACUCAGACAAAUAUUUCAGCUGAAAUCGUUCACAUUUAAUAUCUAAGCAACAUAUUAUUAUUUUUUUGUAAACUAAUUUCUAUUUUUUAUCAACAACCAUGUUAAAUAAAAUAUGCUAAAAGUAGCUAAAGGCAUUUUUUAAAGUGUAAAAGUUAAUGAAUUUCUGUCUGGAUUAAAAUUUUUAUUUAUUGAA